AUGAGUAGACAACAAUUCAGCGAUGUCCCUCCACCUUUGCCGUCGCGGGGAGGUGGGGGAGUCACACAUGUCAAAGUAGACUAUGAAAGGAAUCAAUCACAUUCGAGACCUGUUUCUCGUAGCCAUUCAGAUACGCGAUAUGUACCACCACCAAGGAACCAAUCAGAUCACGCGCCUCCACCUCCACCGAUCAGCACGAUUCAUAAAUCUCAUUCAACCGAGGCGAGGGUGUCUCAAGCACCAAAAGACCGGAAGCACUCAAUUCCUGGAAGUGCUGGCCCACCUCUUCCGUCACGUGACAACCAAUCCGGGAUCAGGAGAAAGGCGUUUGAAACUGAAUCCUUCAUCGACAAAAAUACAGCCAGAGCAAUUUCCUCGGGUGGGACUCAUAAAACCAUGCCAAGACUUCACACCCCUACCGAUGAAGGAAAACGACCACCUCUUCCAAAUAGGGAAACAGGAGUGGCUCAACCUCCUUCAACAUCCAAAACAAUCAGUCCUAGAAGACGAGCGUCAGUGGAUGACCCCCCACCUCCACCCCCUAGUGCUAGAACUCAACACAGACAACAGACUCAAGCUCAACAUCCCGUGCCAGUCCCGGACCGACAACCGAAGGUCCAGCGUGGAAAUGCCCAUGAUGAACCAUUACCUGCCAGACCACCGAAAAUAUCAGCACAAUCAUCCUUUGAUAUGAGUGAUCUCGAGUCGAGGUUCCAUUUCCAUGACAUCACUGAAUUUCCGGACCCUGAACCAAUGGAACAAUUGCCGAAAAAAUACAUGUCCACGAAACAGAAGAAAGCUGCAAGCGAUAUGGAAAGACUUGGUCCAUUGUAAGGAAGACUAUUACCUAUUUACAUAAUUGAUUAUGUUUACACGGAGGAACUUGAAGCAGAAGCAAAUAAAGAAGAAGAGUGUUUUUCUUGGAGAAUAAUUGAUCAUUAUUUAUAGUUUCAUGUUUAAGUAGGCCAACACGACCCUUGGACAAAAUAAUAGAAUACAUUGGCAUAUACGAUGUUUAUAAUGGAAGUGAUCGAGCGAUGUAACGGGCAUGUUUUAAUCCUCGGUUUGUACAUAAAAGUGGUGCGUCCUAUCUACCAUUCGUGGCUGGCUUUUCAUUCGUGGCUGUCUUUUUGACAACAAUUAUCAUAAUAUUUUGAUGAGGCAAUGCUUUUAUCGCUGCCCAAAUGUUUCUCUUAAUAUAAACAUGGGCAUUUUCACGUUUCUGUGAAUUUAGAACAUUUUUAAUUGUGAAACACAAUAUUGUUAGUUUAGAAAAAGUAAGCAUAAGUACAUAACAUGUUAAUAUAAUUACACAGUCUAUAACCAGGAUUAGAAUGAUAAAAAUAAACUAAUAAGUUAUCUCCUUUUAUAUAUAUUAUAUAAGAAAGCAGGCAGUAUUUAUCAAACAAGCGAUUGUUUGUAGUAGAAUACUAUAACCUGAAGUGUUUUGAAAAUAUAGACAAAGAAAAGAAAAAGGAGCAAGGUGGGAAUCGACUAAUGACGGAUCUCAUGCGUGCAGCUCCUCGUGGAAUAUGCCAGACGAGUGUGUUAUUCUUGUUUGCUUUUCAAGGAAAAUAAAUGUGACAGCACAUACUCCGAUGAAAUAAUUGCGUGUAUGUAUUCAUGAGCUGUUCAUAUGUUGCAUCUUCUGCGGAAACCACAAGCUUUGUGUUUGAAUUACACAGAUCUGAAAUGAUUUGCGGGAGAAUAUAUGGCAGUAAGUAAUUGUGAUCACAAAUACAAUAAUGAGAAAUUAUUUCUUUUGGAAUAGUACACAGGUCAGAAAGAACUGCUUUUGUUUGUAUUACACGAGUAAGAAACCAUUCCCAUGGAACCAAAAGUGCGUGAGUAAACAUGUAUUACAGAUCAGAUGACCUAACUGAGGAUAUAUAUUAUGUUUGUAUUAUCACGCAGAUGAUAACGUUUCAGGAAUAGUGGGUGUGUAAUACACACCGGAGGACGAGUCGUUAUGUGUGUCCAACACAGAUCAGCCCUGACAUCAGCUUAGGCUCACAGUAACCUAACUUUAGCAAAAUGUUUUGUUUUUAUCCCUGUUGCAUCGCAGCGCAUACUCUGCAAGCAGGGAACCAACAUGUGUAAAUGACAACAACGGCUUUACUUGUUUGUCAGUCUGAACAAACACUAUUAUACGAGUAAAGGACAUUUUUUAGGAUUAUUGUAAAGGAUAUUUGUUUAUUUUUUUACAUGAAAAUUAUGCUUAUGUAUUUUUUAAUUGUUUGAUAAACUGUUUUAAGGAAGUACUAAAGAUAGUGGCAUGAAUGUGACUCUGUUCAUUGUUAAACGGUGAUAAAAUGGUUUAUAUCUAUUAUUUUGUUUCCGUUUGAUGUUUGCAAAUUUUGUUAUUGAAUGUUUUUACGGAAGUUUAAUUUAGUUAUUUUUACUCUUCUUAACUCUUACCAAAGUCAAGCAAUAAAACAUGACAUUUUUUGUUUUGUUUUAAGUUGUUGAAGUAAAAUUUAUUUUUGUGUUUUCAGUUUAUCUACACGCAAUACUUCUAUUAUUUAUGACAAUUCAUUGAAUAUUAUGACAAAGAACUGCUUACUUUUUAAUUAGUGUUGUUAAUAUAUCAUAUAUAUGAUAAGAAAGAGUCCCUUUGCAAGUUAUUUACGUUUCGAAAUUUUAAUUGGUUUAAUUGAGUUAUGUUUUUUCUUGACUUAAGCAUUAAGAAACACCAUUAAGUUUAUCUUAAAUUGAUGCAUUUGUGUGGUUUAUACUUUUGGUACUUAAUAUUGUUGUUGUAACCGAUGAGGCUUAUAAUAUGAUAAAGGGCCUUCCACAGUGGGUGGGGAAGGCCAAAAAUUAAAACGUUUCAAAAGUUUAUGUUUAAUUGAAUUUGAGGAACAAUCAAUUUAGGGAGCAAAACAUACAUCCUUGGUGACAUGUUUUGGGGGUAAGAAGAGUUGACUGGAUUUUACGAAAGAAGAUUUUAUCAGAUUUUGGAUUAAAAAGCAUUUGCAUUUUCUAGUAAAAGUAUGCCAUCAUUACAACUACGUUUUGUGUCAAAAUGCCCCAGACUACUUUAUCAAGAAUGUAUUUCGAGUUCUUGAUGAUAUAUUUCCAAAUAAGAAAGAUAUUCAAUAAAAUAAUGAAAAAUA